UUUCUUCGUAUCAGCCUAUAAAAACUUCUAAUGCUAUAUAAAGUACCAAAAGCCACCUCCAAAACCCUAAUCGUUACGGGGCAGCAACACUGAGAAAGAGCAAGGCAAUUUCGGCCCCCAUUUGUUCCAUCGAAGAUGAAGUUCAAUAUAGCAAAUCCAACCACUGGGUGUCAGAAGAAGCUCGAGAUCGACGAUGACCAGAAGCUCCGAGCUUUUUAUGACAAAAGGAUCUCACAAGAGGUCAGCGGAGAUGCUUUGGGUGAGGAAUUCAAGGGCUAUGUAUUCAAAAUAAUGGGAGGCUGUGAUAAGCAAGGUUUUCCAAUGAAGCAGGGAGUGCUGACUCCAGGCCGUGUUCGUCUUCUGCUUCACCGAGGUACCCCUUGCUUCCGAGGAUAUGGUAGGCGAAAUGGAGAGCGUAGAAGGAAGUCUGUUCGUGGAUGUAUUGUUAGCCCUGAUCUCUCAGUUUUGAACUUAGUUAUUGUUAAGAAGGGUGAUAGUGACCUUCCUGGACUCACUGACAUUGAGAAACCAAGGAUGAGAGGUCCAAAGAGAGCAUCAAAGAUCCGAAAACUCUUCAACCUUUCCAAGGAGGAUGAUGUUCGGAAGUACGUUAACACAUAUCGUCGAACUUUCACAACCAAAUCUGGGAAGAAAUGUAGCAAAGCUCCAAAAAUACAGAGGCUGGUAACUCCCUUGACUCUGCAGAGGAAGCGAGCUAGGAUUGCUGAUAAGAAGAAGAGAAUUGCGAAGGCCAAGUCCGAGGCGGCUGAGUACCAAAAGCUUCUUGCCUCCAGGUUGAAGGAGCAGCGUGAACGUCGCAGUGAGAGUUUGGCGAAGAAGAGAUCCAGACUCUCUGCUGCCUCUAAGCCAUCUGUCACAGCUUAGAUGACUGGGUAAAAUCUCUGGUUUAUUAGUAAUAUUUGAUGUUAUUCUCGAGUAACAUUCAUAUGUUGAGGUGAUAUUGACUGAUCUUUAGAUGUCUUAGUUUAUUUGGGACCUCACUGAGAGAGUUUGAAUUGCUCCACAUGUAAUGCGUUCUUUAGAUUUUGUUUAAUUCAUUUUGUCAUUGGAUGUGUAUCUCUUUAAAUACAUUGCAUCUUCUGGUUA